UAAAAAUAGGCACACGUAACAUGCCUCUACCUCUGCAGUGACUGACAGACGCUAUAUCUAAACAUGAUGAAACCCAGGUCUUUCGUCAGUGAACUGAAAUGGUCGGACACACAACAGACGUUUGCAUCACGGCAGUGGCAAUGCUAGGUGAUGUUUACUUCGGCAACUGAUCGUGACGUGGAAAGAACUACAACACAUGUUUAUCAGAAAAAAGAUCAGCUUGGAACAGGGUCGUCCUGCGAUGUGUAUAUAGGGUUACAGAAGGGCACAGGGGAACAUCACGCUUUGAAAAUCUUUAAAGACGCUCAGUGGGCACGAUCAGAAGAACGCCGACGCGAGGUAGUUGCACUUCAAAAACUGAAGCACCACAACAUCAUCAAGUUCUUUGGCGAAGAGGAAGAGGCGAGUACGGGGUUGACGCUGUUGGUGUUGGAGCUGUGUCAGGAGAGUCUUCACAACUUCCUCCAGGAACCCUCACAAUCCCGGGGCCUGGGGGACUCCGAGACGCUGUUGUUGGUGGAGCAUCUCAGUUCGGCAGUUCACUAUCUCCAUAGAAAGAAGUACGUGCACCGGGACAUCAAACCCGGCAACAUUCUGCGCCACAUCGACAACGACGGAAGCUGCACAUACAAGUUGUCCGACUUCGGCGCAAGUCGGUUUUUAGAGGAGGAGGAUUUGUUCUUGUCCUUGGCUGGAACAGAAGAAUACCUGCACCCCAAAGUGUACGAGAAGGCGUUUGUGGACCGUGGUGCUGUCAUCUGCUUCGACUCAUCUGUGGACCUGUGGAGUGUGGGCUGCACGCUGUACCAGGCAGUCACCUGUCAGAUCCCCUUCCGGCCCCACGGGGGAGUCCGAUCCAACAGGACAAUAAUGUUUCAGAUGAUUGCUGAGAAGCCAUCCGGUUCCAUUUCGGGUUACCAAGCAACGGAACAUGGGCAGAUCAUGUGGGAAAGACACAUACCAAACACGUGCAAGCUGUCACAGCCAUUGAGAGAGCAAUUGAGGACAUUGAUUGCCCAGCUGUUGGAGAAAGACCAGGCCCACCUCUUGUCACAUAACGAGUUCUACCAGCAGGUGAAGGUCAUCACGCACUACGUCAUGGUCGUUGUCUUCAACGCCGAAGACGUCACAUACGUCAUCAUCUACAUCAAACCAGACUCUAGCUUGGCAGAGUUUAAAGACGACGUUGCUGGAAGGACGGACAUCAUGGCGGGGGAUCAGCUGCUCUUUCAUAGGGGCCUCAGUUUGACAGAUCUCAUCGGGGAUGACGUGAUCACCGUCGCUUGUUUGUCAUGUGACUUCCGGGAACCAGUUAUUUUGAUAUCAAAGAACGAGACAGACAGCGUGAUGAGAGAACCGAAACCUUUGGAACCACCGCCCACGUUCCCGUCAGGCUCAGUGCUGGAGAAGGACAUCCACGUGGCCCACAAGAUGGCGGUUUUUCUGUCCGGGGUGAAGGACAGGAUAGCCUCAUUCGUUGAUACUGAAGAAUCCAUGGGAAAGGCUGACGUAUGCAUGAGUGACUACUUAAAGAAACACGAGUCAAGGCUUGAGCGGACUGCAAGUAAACUCAGCACCAAGUUACAGAACACGAGGGGGAAACUGGAACUCAUGCUGGACACGGAGAGGAAGCGGGUCCAGGUGACCUCGGAACACAACUCGUCAAUAUCACACAGGUGCAGCCGGGUCCGGAGCUCGAUACCGAAGCUCAAUGAACAGCUCAUGAAGGUGACCAAGGAAUUGUCCACUUGUAAACAACACACGUCUAAUCAUACUGUGCUGAUGGUACACCACAAGUGUUCGCCCAAAUGUGUCGAGAAAGCAUCCGUUCUGUCGGUGAAAGGACGUGAUAGUUGGCGGGGGAUGUACCAGAGGAAGAAAUGUCGGCCCAUGUCCGAGUUUCAGCAGCUGCAACACACAAGAGACAGGACUACUAUGGCGGAUGUGUGUGCUACCUGCACGUCUCUGUAUCAGGGUCAUUGCCUUCCCAACAUGAAGAAACACAUGGCGGCUUUUGGAACCCGCAUCCAGGUGUUCCACAGUGUGCAGAUGAACCUGUUGGACAUAAGGAAGACCCUGUCUUUUGUCAAGGAGCAAAUAGAUGACCUGGAUGCAACGCUUAUUCAGGUCGGAUCUUUCAGCGGGCGGGCAUGGAGUGGCGUCACAAGUCAGAUCAGCAGUCUGCGUCAUGGUGUCCCUUUGGAUGACGGCAGCGCUUCACUUCGAGUCAUGAAGGAAUCUGCUGAAAACAGGAACAGUAUGGAAAAGCUCCUGAAAACGCUGCCUGACCUAAGAGCCCUGCCGGAUGUGUUCAACAAAUUUGAAAACGGCUGAUAAAGUUGUUAUUCUGCGAAUAGACGAGGAAUGUCUCUACCUCACAGCCGACAUAAAACGACAAAGACACUGACACUUGUUCCCAGAUUG